AUGGAUCCUGCGACGCAGACACACUGCGUGCUGCUACUAGACUUACCGCCUAAUGCGCUGGGGGGCAUUGAUCUACUGUCCUUCACGACAACACCACGCUUCCAUGGGGUGAAGCACGUACCCCCUGGUCUACACUUCGUCUUCGCCGCCAGUGACUCCUCACUUUCCGUGAGGCACGGCGCAUGGUUCUAUGUCUCUCCGGGAUCAGGACCACCACAAGUCUUCGUCAAGAGAUGGGAUCCUGCCAACGAGGAUUUAGUGGCCGAGACUUCGCAGACAAAAGUCCUGAAGUGGAAAGCUAAUCUGGGGAGCAUAUGGAAGGACGGGCUGACGCCGUACCGACAGACAGUCAAGUCUGGAGACAGCGGCGAGGAUGAUGACGUGGCGGAGGAAUCUACAGACUGGGCCCGACUUACCUCAAGAAUCACCCCAACGCUGCUGUCACGCAUCACUGGGCUCAGCCCGGAUCACUGGAGUCUCACAUCCGCUUCGUCUGCUGCGCAGGAUUUAGAGACAAUACCGGGUCUUGAAACGAGCAACAGCGUCCUGCAUCCUGAGAAAGAACUGCGGUUUCUGCCUAUCGAUCUGAAGCGGACCUGGAGAGAAGGUGCGACGGGGCGAGAACGGACGGAAGCUGCGCAGGAUCGAUCUUGGGCUCUGGGUGAACUCAUCGAGACGCAUAGCCAGAGUACAGACUCCCGGAGCCGCGAGUUCGAGAUCGUGGGAGAACUGCAGUUCGCAUUCCUCAUGGUCCUGACUCUCAACAACAACUCCUGCCUCGAGCAAUGGAAGAGGUUGCUGGGCUUGCUAUUGACCUGUCGGCAAGCGGUCAAGGACCGCUCUUCCCUGUUCCUGGAGCUAUUGAAGACGCUACGCCUGCAACUGAGCCAUUGCGGGGAUAUAGAAGCCGGCCUUUUCGACAUGAACGAACAGGGCGGCGGAUUCCUCAAACCACUUCUUCGUAAAUUCCACAAAGGACUCGACGAGUUUGACGGAAAGUGGAAGUCUGAUAUUGUAGACGAGUUCGAUGAGCUUCAAGACUUCCUUCGGGAUGUGUUCGGGUGGGAACUUGACGAUUCGUACGUCAAGCACGGCAUGUUGGAGCUAGAGGAUGGCGAGCGCGUCGAAAUGGAUGUGAACGGCGCCGAUGAAGAGGACGAGACGGGCGAGUACGCUCCCACUAUCGUCGAGUUGACUCCUGCCCAGCUCAAGGAGUUGAAUGGAAGCGAUAUCGGCACUAGACGAGACGCUGAGGGGGUAAUAGCCGACGAAUCUGAGGAAGAGGCCGAUCUUGACGAUAUGGACACCCGGUAUUGA